ACAAAAAAAACGCCGGAAUGUAGAGAAAAAGCACCAGGUGAGCCAUUGUGUACCUGAGGUAUCCCGUUAUUCUGCACAGUGCUACUCAAAGAGCUACGCAAAAGAAGUAUCACUGCUCAGUAUCUUAGUGGAAGUGCUUCAUGUCAGACUAACAAAAAAGUCACAGAGAACUCAAAUUUGCACUAAGAAGUUAGAACACUAAAAGUAAUCAGUGAUAAUCGAGUGAUAAUCAAAUGAAAGCCGAAGGAAUGGAUAAUGAGGUGAGAAAGCGCAAAAGUCGGGAAAAGAGGACAAAAAGUGAUGAUAUGAGUGAAGAAAGUGAAAGACUUCAAUGCGAGAAAGCCAUGGAACCCAUUGACAACAAUCUGGAAAAAUACCAUGUGAAGAAUGCAGAGAAAAUACCUUGCCAGGAGGAAAGUUAUCAUAGCUUUACUGUGUCCAUUGAGAUGGAUCUUGUGGCUUGGACACUAUUUCUCUUGGCAUUUCUCACCCGGACAUUCAGACUGUCCCAGCCAAGAGAUGUGGUUUUCGAUGAGCUCCACUAUGGGAAAUAUGUGUCAAUGUACAUGAGAAAUACUUUCUUCUUCGAUCAACAUCCACCCCUGGGAAAACAGAUUGUAGCAGGAGUGGCAUCCAUCAUCAACUACGAUGGAAAUUAUACAUUCUCGAAAAUUGGAGCACCUUACACUGAGAACGUCCCGAUCUUCUGGUUGCGCUUUAUUCCGGCCCUUUGUGGAAGCCUUCUAUCACCUUUAACAUACAAACUGCUCCAAGCUUUGCGUAUGAAUCGCUGGACAGCCCUAUUGGGUGGAUUUCUCAUCAUCUUCGACAAUGCUCUUCUAACCCAAUCACGUUUUAUCUUAAUGGAACCAAUUCUUUUAUUCUUUACCAUGUUGGGCCUAGUACUCCUGGUAAAAUUUCACAAGGCAGGGCUUUACACCCCAUUGUGGUUUGCUUAUGCAACAGGGGCGGCUAUCGCAUUCACAUGUGCCCUUGCAGUCAAAUAUGUUGGCUUUUACUCAUGCUGCCUCGCGGGUUUUUCAAUUCUACGUAAUAUCUGGAAGCGUCUGAGGGAUAGGGAUGUUUCUGAUUGGCAAAUCAUCCUGCAAACUAUGACUAUCGGAACAAUCUUUACUGUCAUCCCUAUGGCAAUUUAUAUGAGUGUGUUCUAUGUUCACCUCAAUGUUCUACAUAAGGCUGGUCCUCAUGAUUCUAUCAUGACUAGUGCCUUUCAAGCUUCCCUUGAUGGAGGUCUGGCUUCUAUCAUCAACAAACAACCAAUUGUCAUAAGUCAUGGGUCUCAAGUUACUCUAAAGCCCACAUUUGGACGACCAUGUUGGCUUCAUUCCCACCCUCAUACAUAUCCCAUCAAGUAUCCAGAUAAGAGAGGAUCAUCACAUCAACAACAAGUAACGGCGUAUUCUUGGAAAGAUGUCAACAACUGGUGGAUUGUUAAACGACCCACGAGGAACGAUCUUGUUGUUGGAGAUGAACCUGAUCCCAUAAAACAUGGUGAUGAAAUCCAUUUAGUGCAUGGUCUUACGGCAAGGGCACUAAACAGUCAUGACGUAGCCGCUCCAGUAACACCUCAGGCUCAGGAAGUUUCCUGUUACAUCGACUACAACAUCUCGAUGCCGGGUCAGUUGCUAUGGCGCGUAGAGAUUGUCAAUCGCAACGAAGAGGGAGAUAUUUGGAAGGCCAUUACUUCCCAUGUGCGACUAAUUCAUGUCAGCACUGGAACUGCCCUACGUCUUUCAGGACGUCAAUUGCCAGACUGGGGCUUCAAUCAACACGAAGUUGUAUCGGAUCGUGUUGUUGUACAACCAAGCACCGUCUGGAAUGUCGAAGAACAUCGUUAUACAAAGACAGAUGAUCAAAAGGAACGUGAACGUGAACUGGUGACUCGUGAAAUGAUUCCUCUAACCCGAACUAAUCCUUCCUUCCUGCGCAAAUUUACUGAGUUGCAACUGAAGAUGCUGUGGUACAACGACGGUCUUCAAGCCAAUAGCCACAUGUACGGAUCAACACCGCUUGAAUGGGUGUUGAUGGAUAAAGGUAUUGCUUACUGGGUUGACAAAACAUCCAAUGGCCAGAUUCAUCUCUUAGGCAACAUAGCCAUAUGGUAUUCUGGAACAAUCUCCGUCAUCGUAUAUCUAGCCCUUCUUGCCUUCUACCUUCUCAGACGACGAAGAUUGUGCUUCGAUCUGCCUGAUGAUGAAUGGGAGAAAUUUCAAUUGGUCGGAGAACUACUCCUCGGUGGCUACUUCAUCAACUACCUUCCAUUCUUCUUCACCGAAAGAGCGCUCUUCCUUCAUAAUUACUUCCCAGCACUCAUCUUCAAGAUUCUCCUGCUAUGCUUCGUCAUUGAACAUCUGCACACACUGCUUAGGCUUUUCUUUAAUCGUCCCAUUGUCCUUCAUCUAUCGCGAUUAGCCAUUUUUGCAUGGAUCGCAGUAGUGCUAUAUGUUUACCGGAAGUUUAUUGUACUAAGUUACGGUGGAACAAAACUAAGUGCUGAAGAUGUGAUAAAUCUCCGAUGGAAGGAUACAUGGGAUUUUAUACUUCAUAAGAAGAUUCCUGUUUAGUCGUAAUGUACCUUUGUUAACUAAUGUACAUACUAAUGCCAGAAUAUUGAUUACAGCGAUAGAAUUAAACAUCGUUAUAUCUUUCUAACAAAUAUUUAUUUAAUUUAUUUUAAUAGAACUAAUUGAUAUAUAUUUUUUACAUAAGCAUUUAAAGAAUUUUUGUAUACUGUAAAUUCAAUAAUUACUAUAUUUUGUAUGAUCCUAUAAUGUUCUCCAAUUUCUAUGCUAGGAAACAUGAAGAAUCUUGUUAAGUUUCUAAUGUGGUCGUACUGAAUAAAAGACAAUAAAAA